UGUCUAUACUUGUAUCAGGGUUGUGAUGCAUCUAUACUGAUAGACUCAACCGAAAACAAACAAUCCGAGAAAGAUGCCGGGCCAAACAAGACCGUCCGAGGAUACGAGAUCAUUGAUAAGGCGAAGAAAAUCCUAGAGGAUGCAUGCCCUUCAACCGUUUCUUGUGCAGACAUCAUUACUUUGGCAACCCGUGAUGCGGUUGCGCUAGCCGGAGGGCCCAAUUAUACUCUGGCCACAGGAAGGCGCGAUGGACUAGUCUCGAAUGCCGAAAACGUCUCUUUGCCGGGACCGAGAAUCUCAGUGCCUGGAGCAAUGAAGGUUUUCGCCGACAAGGGGAUCACCCUCAAUGAAAUGGUGACCCUUUUAGGUGCACACACUGUCGGAGUUGCGCAUUGCUUCUUCUUUGAAGAUCGGCUUUCCAAUGUGUCUGGGGGUUCUGAUCCUCCAAUGGAUCCUACUUUGGCUGCCAAGCUCAGAAAGACCUGUGCAAAGAGUCAGGACGCUACUGCAUUCUUGGACCAAAGUACUUCCUUUGAAGUGGACAACCAGUUCUAUAAACAAAUACUUUUGAAGAAAGGUAUACUGCAGAUUGAUCAGGAACUUGCAUUGGAUAACUCCACCUCUGGUAUUGUUUCUGGUUUUGCAUCAAACAGGAUUAGAUUCCAGCAGAGUUUCGCGAAAGCUAUGAGAAAGCUAGGGAGCGUAGAAGUUCUUGUUGGAAAAGACGGAGAAAUUCGUAAGAACUGCAGAGCUUUCAAUCCGGCCCAGAAACAGCUAGUCUUUUAAGAACUUUACAUUUCCUAUAUUCUGAAUAUUUGCAGCUGAAUAUUAUUUAAUCCUGUUAUCUGUACGUGGAUCUUCGA